UUAACUAAAUGAAUGGGUGGGACAAUGUAUCUUUUAAUUAGGUUAUUUUACUUAGGUUAAUAGUAUAAAAGUGACACAACAAGUAGCUACGUUUAUUGUUACUUCAUAUAACCUACUGGACUUGAUAUUGAAAAAGAUGAAUUCACUGUUUUAUCCUAAACAUUGCUUACUUCUUAUAAUAUGUUACAAGCAACUACUAUUCAGUACUCAAACUGAUGUUGGCUACCAGACAUUCAGGAUUGUAAAGCCUGCACUUGCUCCUUGGUUGCUUCCUCGCACUCAAAGUAAUAAAAAAGCAAAUACUUUGCCUCACUAUGUUGUUGGUCCUUAUGACAUGGAUAGGAGUCAAUCUGUUCGAUCUUCAGUUAAUGCAUGGAUGACAAUAAAGCCAUCGAUUGUUAUCCCUACUUCAAACAGGCCAAGAAACCAGUUAAAACAAAGUUUAAAGAGACAACUAGUUCAGCCUAUACAGAUCAGAAAACCUUAUUUUCCUAAUUUUUCAAGGAGUUCAGUGUAUAAAACAUCCUCUCCACCACCUAAUGUACUUGCAUUAUCAAAGGAAAAGGAUAUUGAUCAAAUGAUAAAUAGAGUGCAUGAUCUUGUAAUUAUAAGCAUCAAGAAUGGACAAUUUAACAAAAGGAACUCUACUUCUUUACCUUUAAAUUCCCAAUUCAUGUCAUUUAUUCCUAGAAAUAAUUCCAGAAGAGAAGAAAACGAUACAAAUAAUCCUUGGGCUGAACUACAUUGAAGCCUGAAAAUAAACGAGAAAAAAAAAUCUAAAGAAUUUGUCAUUAAUGAUUUUAGAGUUUUUACUAAUAAAACAUGUUCC